CCUCGAAGAAAGCCUCGCUCAGUGCUGACCUGGCCGUCUCGCGAGCCGGCGGCGACCAUGUGACAGUGCCUCCGUGCAGUGUAGUGUUACUGUGCUAGUACGUUCACCUCAAACCCCUGAUAGUGUUACGGAUUUCACGGACCUGCUCACAAAACGAUUUACGAUGUUGAUAAGGAGUCCGGCGGCACUGUGUGCCGUCGCACUGCUGCUGGCUGCCACGCCCACUAGAUCGGAGGAUAAUCUCUUCACGUGUCCAAAUGGAUGGGAGCUAAAAGGAUUACACUGUUACAAAUUUUUCAACAUCAGGCAUUCCUGGGAGAAAGCGGCGGAAUUAUGUCGAAGAUACGGCAGCGAACUUAUGGUCGUCGACACCUACACGGAAAACAACAUGACAGCGAGCAUGGUGCCGGCUAGCCCUAGCAAUAACCACUACUGGCUGGGACUCGCGACAGUUGAUGACCUUAGGACAAACACCCUGGAGUCGGCUGCUGGCACUCUAGUCUCACAAUAUGCAGGCUUCUGGGAUCUAAGGCAACCUAAUCCUAAAGAUGGUGAAUGCGUUGACGUUCAUGUCACAGCUGACAGCCAAUCCUGGGAACUUACCACAUGUGAAAGUCUUCUACCUUUCAUGUGCAGAGCUAAUGCCUGCCCUUCUGGAACCUUCCAUUGUUCAAACGGAAAAUGCAUUAAUGCAGCCUUCAAAUGUGACAAGCAAGAUGAUUGUGGUGAUGCGUCUGAUGAAAUGGACUGUGCUGCCGAAUGUCAUUUCUACAUGGCCAGCAGCGGAGACGUAGUAGAGAGUCCGAACUAUCCUCAUAAAUAUCCGCCAUUCAGCGAUUGCAAGUGGACCUUGGAAGGACCACAAGGUCAAAACAUCGUUCUGCAGUUCCAGGAUUUUGAAACUGAAAAAACCUUUGACACUGUUCAAAUCUUAGUCGGCGGAAGAACAGAAGAUAAAUCUGUAAAUCUAGCAACAUUAUCAGGGAAACAAGACAUUUCGAGCAAACUAUUUGUUUCUGCUUCCAACUUUAUGAUAAUUAAAUUCAGCACAGACGGAUCUGUAGAAAGAAAAGGGUUCCGUGCCUCUUGGAAAACUGAGUCAUCGAAUUGUGGCGGUAUUCUUAGGGCGACUCCACAAGGCCAAGUAUUGACAUCACCUGGCUAUCCAACUGGUUACCCCGGAGGCUUAGAAUGUAUGUACAUUAUCGAAGCACAAGCCGGAAGAAUAAUUUCGUUAGAAAUAGAAGAUUUAGAUCUUGGUAUGAAUAGAGAUUACAUUGUUGUUAAGGAUGGAAACACUCCUUCUAGUCCCGUUCUUGCCAGGUUAACCGGACCUGGUGAGGAAAAUCAGAAAGUAGUUGUAUCAACUACAAAUCACCUCUACAUGUACUUCCGUACGAGCCUCGGUGAUUCGAAAAAAGGCUUCAAUAUGAGAUACUCUCAAGGCUGCAAAGCCACUAUUAUCGCAGCUAACGGUACACUUACGUCUCCUGCAUACGGACUUGGCAAUUAUCCGAACAAUCAGGAAUGUUUAUUUAGGAUAAAGAACCCGAAUGGUGGGCCGCUUUCUCUGAAAUUUGAUGAGUUCAACAUUCAUCCGUCUGAUGUUGUUCAAGUUUUUGACGGAGCAAGCACGAGUGGUUUGAGAUUACAUUCAGAUAACGGCUUCAUUGUAAAACCAAGGAUUACAUUAACUGCGUCUAGCGGAGAAAUGUUAAUACGGUUCGUGUCUGAUGCUUUGCAUAAUGGACCCGGGUGGAAGGCGACAUUCUCAGCAGAUUGCCCACCACUUAAAUCCGGCAUUGGUGCUUUAGCAUCGAACAGAGAUACCGCCUUUGGUACAGUCGUGACCUUCUCGUGUCCGAUUGGUCAAGAGUUCGCCACUGGAAAGUCUCGAAUAACUACUAAGUGUCUUGAUGGAGGAAAAUGGUCGACUACAUACAUUCCUAGUUGCCAAGAGGUUUAUUGCGGCCCAGUCCCACAAAUUGAUAAUGGUUUCUCAAUCGGCUCAACCAAUGUUACCUAUCGUGGUGUUGCAACUUACCAGUGUUAUGCCGGAUUUGCUUUCCCCACUGGACAGCCAAUUGAAAGGAUAUCUUGUUUGUCUGAUGGCAGAUGGGAAAGGACACCUACCUGUCUCGCGUCUCAAUGCGUAGCCCUACCAGACGUUUCUCACGCAAAUGUAACUAUUCUCAACGGUGGUGGCCGCAGCUACGGUACUAUUGUCCGUUACGAGUGUGAGCCAGGUUACGUCCGAUCAGGUCAACCAGUGCUUCUUUGCAUGAGCAACGGAACAUGGUCGGGUGACGUGCCUACCUGCUCAAAGGCUUUGUGCCCGAAGUUCCCUGAAAUCAAGAACGGAUUCAUUGUUGACCAAACGAGGUUUUACAUGUACGGCGAUGAAGCCCGUGUACAAUGUUUCAAAGGAUAUAAACUCACUGGACCUAGCGUAUUAAAAUGUGGACCAAAUCAAGAAUUCGAUGCACCGCCAACUUGUGAUGACAUCAAUGAGUGCCUGAUCAGCCAAUGCGACGCAGCUUCCACGGAUUGUAAGAACACUCAAGGUGGAUUCUAUUGCCCUUGCCGCCCAGGAUUUGCCCCAAGCAUGGACUGCAGACCAGUUGGAGAUUUGGGUCUAAUCAAUGGCGCUGUGCCUGAUGAAUCGAUAACAACAUCUACUCCAGAACCUGGUUAUCACAAAGGGAUGGUACGCUUGAAUAAUGGAGGAGGAUGGUGCGGUAACAACUUAGAAGCAGGUGCCAACUGGGUCCUGAUUGAUUUAAGAGCACCAACAAUCAUCAGAGGAUUCAGAACCAUGAGCGUCAUGCGAGCCGACGGCAACAUUGCUUUCACCUCGGCUAUAAGAAUCCAGUACACGAAUGAUUUAACGGACAUCUUCAAAGAUUACACAAAUCCUGAUGGCACCGCUGUAGAAUUCCGCAUUUUGGAACCAACUCUAUCAGUUCUGAAUUUACCAAUGCCGAUUGAGGCCCAAUACGUCAAAUUCAAAAUACAAGACUACGUGGGCGCACCUUGCUUAAAACUGGAAGUUAUGGGUUGUGCUCGAUUGGACUGUGCUGAUAUUAAUGAAUGUAAUGAAAACAAUGGAGGGUGCGAGCAGAAAUGUAUCAACACACCUGGAAACUUCUCCUGCGCCUGUAAUAUUGGAUACGAACUAUACGCCUCAAACGGAACUGCUGGAUUCAGUAUCGAGAAAUCUGAAACUGGAGAACGUGAUGGUGACACUUAUCAACGAAACAAAUCCUGUGUGCCGGUUAUGUGCCCGCCGCAGACCGCUCCUGAGAACGGAAAACUUCUUUCUACGAAAUCCGCAUAUCAUUUUGGUGACAUUAUUCAGUUCCAAUGUGAUUUCGGAUACGUAAUGUCUGGGUUCUCGUCACUUCUUUGCACAUCCAGUGGUACCUGGAACGGCACGGCUCCAGAGUGUCAAUAUGCACGCUGUGUAACUCUAUCCGAUGAUAAGAAUGAUGGACUAAAGGUUAUCAGGGAUGACCCCGAAAGUGUUCUUGUGCCAUAUAGAGACAACGUUACAAUCACUUGCACUUCACCUGGACGUCAACUAAGAAACACGAUCACGUCAUCGUUUAGACAGUGUGUUUAUGACCCCAAACCGGGUCUACCGGAAUAUUGGCUGUCUGGAGCUCAACCACAGUGCCCAAGAAAAGAUUGCGGUGUGCCAAUGCCCACACCUGGUGCAGAGUACGGCCAAUACCUUGACACUAGAUAUCAAAGUUCUUUCUUCUUCGGAUGCCAAAAUACAUUCAAACUGGCUGGCCAAACAAGCAAACAUGACAACGUAGUCAGGUGUCAAGCCAAUGGUAUUUGGGACUUCGGCGAUUUAAGAUGCGAAGGACCUGUGUGCGAAGACCCAGGCAGGCCUGCCGAUGGCUUCCAAAUUGCAAGAAGUUAUGAACAAGGCUCAGAAGUAUUAUUCGGUUGCUCUCGACCAGGAUACAUUUUAAUUAAUCCUAGACCUAUUACGUGCAUCCGUGAACCAGAAUGUAAAGUCAUCAGGCCACUCGGAUUAGCAUCGGGCAGAAUACCCGACUCGGCUAUCAAUGCUACAUCAGAACGACCCAAUUACGAGGCUAGGAAUGUCAGACUCAACUCAGUAACCGGUUGGUGUGGAAAACAAGAAGCAUUUACAUAUGUUAGCGUUGACCUGGGUAAAGUUUACAGAGUUAAGGCUAUUCUUGUCAAGGGUGUUGUAACUUCAGAUAUUGUAGGCCGCCCAACUGAGAUCCGGUUCUUCUACAAACAAGCCGAAAACGAAAAUUAUGUAGUGUAUUUCCCGAAUUUCAACCUUACUAUGAGAGACCCAGGAAACUACGGAGAACUGGCAAUGAUUACGCUGCCUAAGUUUGUACAAGCCAGAUUUGUUAUUUUGGGUAUUAUUAGUUUCAUGGACAACGCCUGUCUGAAAUUUGAGCUUAUGGGCUGCGAUGAUAAUACCGUAGAACCACUGUUGGGUUACGAUUAUGGAUAUUCUCCCUGUGUUGAUAACGAGCCCCCAGUUUUCCAAAACUGUCCUCAGCAACCAAUCGUUGUUCAAACAGAUGUAAAUGGAGGACUCUUACCAGUUAACUUCACAGAGCCAACUGCUACUGAUAACUCUGGCGCAAUUGCCCGGUUAGAAGUUACCCCGCAACACUUCAAAACGCCUAUUCAAGUAUUCCAUAACAUGGUAGUGCGUUAUGUAGCUUUCGACUUUGAUGGCAAUGUCGCUAUUUGCGAAGUAAAUAUUACAGUACCCGACUAUACGCCACCAAGACUAAGUUGCCCGCAGAGUUACGUCAUUGAACUAGUAGAUAAACAAGACAGUUAUGCAGUCAACUUUAAUGAAACGAGGAAAAGGAUUAACGCUACAGAUGCAUCUGGUGAAGUUUUCUUGAAGUUCAUCCCAGAUAGAGCCGUUAUUCCAAUUCGUGGCUACGAAAAUGUCACUGUUAUUGCCUCAGACAAGUAUGGAAACAAAGCACAAUGUAACUUCCAGGUGUCUGUUCAAGCUACACCCUGUGUAGAUUGGGAACUGACUCCUCCAGCCAAUGGUGCUCUAAACUGCCUCCCUGGAGAACGAGGCAUUCAGUGCAUUGCCACUUGCAGUCCUGGCUUCCGAUUUACUGAUGGAGAACCUGUAAAGACCUUCGUCUGUGAAACCAAACGUCAAUGGGCCCCAACUGCUGUAGUACCAGACUGUGUUUCUGAAAAUACCCAACAAGCGGCAUAUCAUGUUGUAGCCAGCGUGCAGUAUCGGGCUCUCGGUGCAGUGUCUAAUGCAUGUCUGCCACAAUACAAAGACUUACUUGCACAAUACGAUAGCAUUCUUAAUGAAAGACUUAGCCAACGUUGUUCAGCUGUUAACGUUAAUAUUAACGUUACUUUCGUAAAAGCUAUGCCCAGCCUGCUUGAUGAGAAUGUAGUGAAAAUGGACUUUGUUCUUGCCAUCAUCCCAGCCAUCAGACAAACACAGCUGUAUGAACUAUGUGGCUCUACAUUAAAUUUGAUAUUCGAUUUAUCUGUGCCAUAUGCUAGUGCCUUGAUAGAACCAGUACUAAAUGUGUCGUCUAUCGGAAACCAAUGUCCGCCCCUGCGCGCAAUCAGGAGUUCGAUUUCGAGAGGAUUUACUUGCAGUGUUGGCGAAGUACUAAAUAUGGAUACUAAUGACGUUCCAAGAUGCUUACAUUGCCCUGCUGGAACCUUUGCUGGUGAAAAACAAAAAUCUUGCACAAUGUGCCCACGGGGAUACUUCCAGAAUCAAGCCCGCCAAGGCUCAUGUCUCAAAUGCCCGCAAGGAACAUUCACAAGAGAAGAGGGUUCAAAGGAAGUUACUGAUUGUAUACCCGUGUGCGGAUAUGGUACAUACUCGCCAACAGGUCUGGUGCCGUGUCUGGAAUGUCCGAGAAAUAGCUACACCUCAGAGCCCCCACCAGGUGGAUUCAAAGACUGUCAAGCUUGCCCUGUAAAUACGUACACCUACCAGCCCGCUGCGCCAGGUAGAGAUAGAUGCAGAGCGAAAUGUGCUCCUGGAACUUACUCUCCCACGGGACUAGCGCCAUGCUCUCAAUGCCCAAGGAAUUUCUAUCAGAACUUGGUAGGACAGACAUCUUGCAUGGAAUGCCCGACUAACAUGAAGACAGUAGGAACUGGAACAACUGGAUUAGAGGAAUGUCUACCAGUCGAGUGUUCUAACAGCGCAUGCCAACACGGCGGCCUCUGUGUUCCUAAAGGUCACGGUGUCCAAUGCUAUUGCCCAGCUGGAUUUUCGGGACGUAGGUGCGAAAUCGAUAUAGACGAGUGUGCGAGUCAACCUUGUUACAAUGGAGGGACGUGCACUGACCUACCACAAGGCUACAGAUGUUCCUGCCCUCCUGGUUAUGGCGGUAUCAAUUGCCAGGAAGAAAAGUCCGAUUGCAGAAACGACACUUGUCCAGAACGAGCAAUGUGCAAAGACGAACCUGGAUAUGACAACUAUACCUGUUUGUGCAGAUCUGGUUACACUGGCAUUGACUGCGACAUUACGAUUGAUCCUUGCUCGGCCAAUGGAAACCCUUGCACCAACGGCGCAUCUUGUAUAGCACUUCAACAAGGCCGCUACAAGUGUGAAUGCUUACCAGGUUGGGAAGGUCAGCUCUGCGAAACCAACACAGACGACUGCAUUGAAAAGCCUUGUCUCCUUGGGGCUCCUUGUACUGAUUUAGUCAACGACUUUAGCUGUGCCUGCCCACCUGGCUUUACUGGAAAACGUUGUCAUGAGAAAAUUGACCUUUGUUCAAAUGAGCCUUGCAAACACGGCAUUUGUGUCGACAAACUGUUUAUCCAUCAAUGCAUUUGUGAUCCAGGCUGGAGCGGUCCUUCAUGUGACAUUAAUAUCAACGAAUGCGUAAUUUCUCCUUGUGAAAAUGGUGGCCAAUGUAUUGACGGCAUCGACGACUUUACUUGCAACUGCGAAGCCGGUUAUACCGGAAAGAGAUGUCAACACACUAUUGACGAUUGCUCGUCUGACCCUUGUCAGAACGGUGCCACAUGUGUGGAUCAAUUAGAAGGAUUCGUAUGCAAAUGCCGACCCGGAUUUAUUGGUUUGCAAUGUGAAACGGCUAUCGAUGAAUGCUUGAACGAGCCUUGCAACCCUAUCGGCACAGAACGUUGCAUUGAUUUAGAUAAUAAAUACCAAUGUGUGUGCAAUGAAGGAUUUACUGGAGAGACGUGUGAAACCAACAUUGAUGAUUGUGCGUCGGAUCCCUGCUUCAACGGCGGUACUUGUCAAGAUGAAAUUGGAAGCUAUAAGUGCACAUGCCAUCCUGGAUGGACUGGACAUCGUUGCGAACAUGACAUUGGAAACUGUGUCAACAGACCUUGUCAAAACAAUGCCAACUGCAUCGAUCUUUUCCAAGACUAUUUCUGCGUAUGUCCCAGUGGCACAGACGGAAAACAAUGUGAAACCGCUCCUGAAAGAUGUAUUGGCAGCCCUUGUAUGCACGGUGGAAAAUGUCAAGACUUUGGUUCUGGUCUUAACUGCACUUGCUCGGCUGACUAUACCGGUAUAGGAUGUCAAUACGAAUUCGACGCUUGCGAAGCUGGACUUUGCCAGAAUGGAGCUAGGUGCAUUGAUAAUGGAGAAGGCUAUUCGUGCAUAUGUGCUCCUGGUUUUAAGGGAAAGAACUGCGAUGAAGACAUAAUCGACUGCAAAGAGAAUUCAUGCCCACCUUCAGCGACCUGCAUUGAUUUACCUGGAAGAUUCUACUGCCAAUGUCCAUUCAAUCUUACUGGGGACGACUGCAGGAAAUCUAUAAGCGUGGAUUACGACUUGUACUUCAGCGACCCAUUACGUUCAAGCGCCGCUCAAGUGGUGCCAUUUGACACUGGAUCAACUGACAGUUUAACAAUCGCUAUGUGGGUACAAUAUACACAACAAGAUGAAGGAGGCGUGUUCUUCACGGCGUACAGCGUUAGCAAUUCUCACAUCGCCCUAAACAGAAGAUCCAUCAUCCAGGCGCACUCGAACGGUGUCCAAGUAUCAUUGUUCCCUGAACUCCAAGACGUGUAUCUCAGUUUCGGAGAGUACGCCACGGUCAAUGAUGGGCAAUGGCACCAUGUGGCUAUCGUCUGGGAUGGCAGCAACGGUGGUGAACUGACGCUGAUCACUGAAGGAUUGAUUGCCAGCAAGAUUGAAGGAUAUGGAAGUGGACGAACACUACCGCAAUAUGUUUGGGUUACACUAGGAAAGCCUCAAUCAGACAAUCCUAAGGCGUAUACCGAAUCAGGCUUCCAAGGCCACCUUACUAAAGUACAAAUCUGGAACCGCGCACUAGAUGUUACCAAUGAAAUUCAGAAACAAGUACGCGACUGCAGAACGGAGCCAGUCCUUUACAGCGGACUUGUACUCACUUGGGCCGGAUAUGAAGACGUUAUCGGAGGAGUUGAGAGAAUCGUACCUUCUCAUUGCGGACAGAGAGUAUGUCCCAACGGUUAUACUGGUGGAAAAUGCCAACAACUGCAAGUAGACAAGGAGUCGCCACGCGUCGAGCGCUGUCCUGGCGAUCUGUGGGUUAUUGCGAAGAACGGAACAUCUGUCGUCAGCUGGGACGCCCCAGCGUUCAGUGACAACGUGGACGUCGUUAAAGUAGUAGAGAAGAAUGGACACAAACCAGGCCAGAACCUUGCUUGGGGAGCUUAUGACAUUGCAUACGUUGCUUACGAUGCAGCUGGUAAUGCUGCUACUUGCACUUUCAAGGUUACUGUUUUAUCUGAAUUCUGCCCUCCAUUGGCGGAUCCGCUUGGAGGAUAUCAAUCUUGCCGAGACUGGGGUGCAGGAGGUCAAUUCAAGGUGUGCGAGAUUGCCUGUCGCGAUGGCCUUCGAUUCUCGCAACCUGUACCGCCGUUCUACACUUGUGGUGCUGAAGGCUUCUGGAGGCCUACCAUCAACCCUACUCUGCCAAUGGUCUAUCCUGCUUGCUCACCGGCAAAUCCGGCACAGCGAGUCUUCAAAAUUUCAAUGUUGUUCCCGAGUUCCGUACUUUGCAACGAUGCUGGACAAGCUGUAUUGCGACAGAAGGUCCGCAGUGCUAUCAACCAGCUCAACAGAGACUGGAACUUCUGCUCUUAUGCUGUUGAUGGUACUCGCGAAUGCAAAGAACUUGACAUUAAUGUGAAAUGCGACCACCGCGCCAACGUACGGCAAACGAGACAAGUAUCUUCUCCUGCUACAACUACAGCUGAAGACACGUAUGUGCUCGACGCUAUCAUUCCCGUCGAAGAGACUCGAAGCAAUAGGGAGGGGCGGCAAGUUGGUGAUACGUACAGCAUUGAGAUCGCUUUCCCGGCAGUCAACGACCCAGUAAUCCACGGAGGCAACAACGAGCGAUCCACCGUGCAAAGAUUAUUGGAGAAACUCAUCCUCGAAGACGAACAAUUCGACGUGCGAAACAUCCUCCCGAAUACUGUGCCAGACCCGGCUAGUUUAGAACUGGUGUCCGACUACGCCUGUCCUAUGGGCCAGGUGGUAAUGGCUCCUGAUUGUGUGGCGUGCGCGGUCGGUACAUACCUGGACGCAGCCAGUGACACCUGCAAGCCGUGUCCGUCUGGCACAUACCAGUCGGAGGCUGGCCAGUUGCAAUGUUCCCCUUGCCCCGCUAUCGCAGGACAACCUGGAGUCACGCAAGCAACGGGGGCACGAAGUGCGGCGGAUUGCAAAGAGCGAUGCGCCGCCGGAAAAUACUACGACGCCGAAGCGGACCUGUGCCGCCCUUGCGGCCACGGUUCCUAUCAACCACGUGAAGGAGCAUUCUCGUGCUUGGCCUGCCCGAGAGGACAGACUACUCGCGCCACUGAAGCCGUCUCCGCGGCUGAGUGCAGAGACGAUUGUCCAUCAGGCGAACAGCUAGGCAGCGACGGUGGCUGCGAGCCUUGCCCGCGAGGCACAUGGCGCGCAUUGGGCAGCGGAGCGGCUUGCGCGGCCUGUCCGUCCGGCACGACCACGCCACAGACCGGAGCCUCCAGCGCUGAUCAGUGCUCACUGCCUGUAUGCAAAGCUGGUUCGUACCUGAAUGUGACCCUGAACACAUGCAUCCAGUGCAAGAAGGGAACGUAUCAGUCGGAGGCUCAACAGACCGCCUGUGUACAGUGCCCUAUUAACACCAGCACGAGAGGACCGGGAGCCACGUCAGCAUCAGAAUGUACGAACCCAUGUGAGAUGAGCGGUCCAGAGAUGCACUGCGACACCAACGCGUACUGUCUUCUCAUUCCGGAGACGAGCGAGUUCAAGUGCCAAUGCAAGCCUGGGUUCAACGGCACUGGAAAAGUUUGUACAGACGUGUGCCUAGAAUACUGUGACAACGGCGGCGAAUGCGUUAAAGACGCGCGAGGCGAGCCAUCCUGCAGAUGCACGGGCUCCUUCACCGGCCGCCAUUGCAGAGACAAGAGCGAGUUUGCGUACAUCGCCAGUGGAGUCGCUGGUGGUGUCGUGUUCAUCAUAUUCUUGGUGCUGCUUGUAUGGAUGAUUUGCGCCAGGUCAACAAAGAAGAAGGAACCAAAGAAAACACUAACGCCAGCCAUCGACCAAAACGGAUCUCAAGUAAACUUCUACUACGGAGCGCACACACCAUAUGCGGAGUCUAUCGCGCCCUCACACCAUUCUACAUACGCGCAUUACUAUGAUGACGAGGAGGACGGCUGGGAAAUGCCCAACUUCUACAACGAAACGUACAUGAAAGAGAGUUUACACAACGGGAUGAACGGAAAGAUGAACAGUUUAGCGCGAUCAAACGCUAGCAUAUACGGGACGAAAGAAGAUCUCUAUGACAGACUAAAGAGGCAUGCGUACCCGGGUAAGAAAGAUAAGAGUGACAGCGACAGUGAGGGUCAGUAAAGAUUAUUAGGACUGCGUUAUGUCAUAUUCUGGUCAAACUACAUAAUACUAUCGUACUAGUUUAAAUUCUCGGUGUAUCCGAACAAUAAUAGUCAAUAUUAUUGAACUGUAUAGACUUGCAAUUGCGUGAAAUGACCGACGAAUUGUAGAUAUAUUCAGUUAGCUUUAGUUAUUAGUUUUAAAAGAAUGUGUAUUAACACACUCACUGUUUAAUAGUUACAGCCCCACCAAAUAUAUAAUUAUAAUUUAUGUCACAAACCAGUAUAAUGGCACGCAAUAGUGAUUUACGCAAAUGGCUUUAGUUUUUUUUUUUCUCAAACAGUGAAUGUGUUGAUGUCCUGAGAUUAUAAUCAACGAAAGAAAUGCUCAAAUAAUUUUAGGCGAUCACUGCCAUAACCGGGAGCAAGCUUUUGUAGAUAAUUGGCAGUUUUUUACAUUUUAAUUUAAUGUCCAAAAUAUCAAAUGAUGUCCUUGUAUAUAAUUCAGUUAUUUUGUAUAUUUUGAUAUCGACAGAAAUAUUAUUGAUACAUAUCUACGUUGACGAUAUUAGUCAAACUGUUUUUUUUGUAUUAUAAACUGGACUGUAUUUUCUACCUUUAACAAUGAAUAUGAAUGUGUGUGUGAAUGUGUUAUACCUUUAUUGAGAGUGUAAUGUACAGAAUGAUUUUUUUUUAUAUGAGAGUAUUGAGAGUAGCGAAAUAAAUAUGUAAAGUAUAAUAUCAUGGUAUGCAUAGUGAAACAAAUAAAUUAUUAUAUCAGUACAUUAUGUAUUUUAAGUGAAUCGGUUACUAAAUACGUAAUAUACAUAUUCACAAUUGUAUAAGUACAUUGUAAGUAUACAAAUGAAUAAUGAUGCUUUAAGAUGUGAAUACUGAAUAUCUUAAUCAUAUUAGGGAAAGGUAAUUUGAUGUUAUUUGACUUAGAAUUGCUAGAUCUGAUCAAAAAAGGGUACUUUUAUGUAUUAAUGUAUACGGCCAAGGUGUAAUAACUAUAAUCUUGUUACAUACAAUUUAAUCCUAAACAGUAUUGUAUUGUUUUAAAUAGUCCAUUUAAAUAAAAGAAUAACCAUUACGUAAUUUAGUCAAAUUAAUCAUUUAAAAUAUAACAUGAAGUACCCAAAAGUAAAAGAAUACUCAUUGAAUCAAUCGUGAGUGGUCGAUAUACAUCCAUCACAUUUUAUUACCACAUUUAGUGAUUAGUUACAUUAACAGUAAAUAUUUUUUACAAAAACUUUUAAUGGUGUAAUAAAUUUUUAUAAGUAUUUUUUAAA